GGGCCUGAGGAGCCGGGGAUGGCGGACGCGGCGCCCACACCGCCGGGUCCCCCCGCGGGGCUCUCGGCGUCCCAGCGCCGUGCCGAGCUGCGCCGCAGGAAGCUGCUCAUGAACUCGGAGGAGCGCAUCAACCGCAUCAUGGGCUUCCACCGGCCCGCGGCCGGCAAGGAUGACGACAGUCACACAGAGUCAAAGCUGCAGCACGAGCAGGAUAAAUCCAACUCCCUCCCCAUUCCUUCGGUUUCCAAGCGAAUCGUGCUUGGAGAUUCCGUGUGCAGCGUGCCAGGCUCUGCUGACCACGCAGGGAGCCUGGCAGAGCUCCGGGGGGACAAGGACUUGUUCAGCAAAGCCCCCGAGCUGGUCACCGAGGGCACAGGGGAGCUCCGCCACCGGCACCGGGGUGAUCUGCCCCCGGAGGCUGCACCACGGCCACCCAGACACGGGCUGGAGCAGUACCUGUCCAGAUUUGACGAGGCUCUGAAGCUGAGGAACCAGCUGAUGAGUGAGAAGCCGAGCCAGGAGAACGGGAGUGCCGGGGAGGAGUUUGACUCUUUCCGCAUUUUCCGGUUGGUGGGAUGUGCUCUGCUCGCCGUCGUGGUCAGGGCUUUUGUGUGCAAGUACCUGUCAAUAUUUGCACCAUUUCUUACUCUACAACUCGCUUACAUGGGACUGUCCAAGUACUUUCCAAAGUGUGAGAAGAAGGUGAAAACGACAGUCCUGACUGCUGCUCUCCUGCUGUCUGGGAUCCCUGCAGAAGUGAUCAGUCGCUCCAUGGACACCUACAGCAAAAUGGGAGAUGUUUUCACAGACCUCUGUGUCUAUUUCUUUACUUUUAUCUUUUGCCAUGAACUUACUUUGGUUUUUGGCUCUGAAGUACCAUAAUGGCUGUACAAUUCCACACAGCAGCUACACUAAACCUUUCUGGACUGUGUUUCUUUAAUGUCUGACACUGUGCAGACAGGUCUAAACCUUCACUAAAAUUCCUACCUGUUGAAAUGCUUGAAAGGAGCCUUAAAUCCAGUCAUUUUGGGAAAGGAAGAGCAGGGUCCCAGACUGCCAGUUGUAUUGGUUCAGUUUAUUUAAAUACUGUGUCUGCAUAUUACAAAUGUGAAGACUAGGGUGCAAGUGUCAGUGGAUGAUUUAUUUGCUUUAGUUAGAUGAUGCCCCUCUCAACUUCCUUCAUAAAUAUUUACAAAGCUGCCUUUGUUCUUUUCAGUGAGAACAAGAAGAGAGUUCCCUUCAGCAGAAGCAUAUAUAUGUGUAUAUCCUGUAUGACUGUAUCUAACCAGACCUGCUCAUUUUGUGGUGUUCCCAUUUUUUUAAAGAAAGCUCUGAAUAAAAGAAAUCCCUGUACUCUAUUCAAAUGUUCAAGGUCAGAAUGUUGAACCAAGUAGCUGCUUCUGGAGAAUGUUGGUGAAACUUGCCACUUUGUUGUUAUGAUCCUUGCCUUGCUAUACCUUAUUUGUUGUGAUUGUAAUUAAUUUCAUUUGAUGAUGAUUGUGGAAAAGAGCUAA